AGUGAUUUUUCCACAUUUUCUCAUGGAUUCUCGCCUUUUCCUCUCACUCUCUCUCUGUUUCCUCCUCUCUCUACUCCCCGAUCUCGCGCGUUCUUCUGCCCUUCGAUUUCCCGAUUGGCUCGGAGACAAGAACACGCGAGGAUUGACGACGGGUAUAUCUUCCGUUGUUGUUGAUCCCUCUAGGGUAACUCAAAUCUCGUGGCGUCCUAGGGCUUUCAUUUACAGGGGUUUCUUGACUUAUGAGGAGUGUGAUCAUCUUAUUCGUCUGGCCAAGGAUAAGCUGGAGAAGUCAAUGGUUGCUGACAACGAAUCGGGAAAGAGUAUAGCCAGUGAAGUUCGGACUAGCUCUGGCAUGUUUCUAGGGAAGGCCCAGGAUGAAGUAGUUGCCGGUAUUGAGGCUAGGAUUGCCGCCUGGACCUUACUCCCUGAAGAAAAUGGGGAGGCCAUGCAAAUACUGCACUAUGAGCACGGCGAAAAGUACGAACCCCAUUUUGACUACUUUCAUGACAAGGCCAAUCAACAACUGGGUGGGCACAGAGUUGCCACUGUACUUAUGUAUUUGUCUGAUGUCACUGACGGUGGAGAAACUAUCUUUCCAAAUUCAGAGGCAAAAGAUACACAACAGAAGGGUGAUAACUGGUCUGACUGUGCUAAAAAAGGCUACGCAGUGAAACCGUACAAAGGGGAUGCAUUGCUGUUCUUUAGCCUACAUCCUGAUGCAACUACGGAUGCACUGAGCUUGCACGGGAGCUGCCCUGUGAUUGAGGGCGAAAAGUGGUCUGCAACCAAAUGGAUUCACGUGAGAUCUUUCGACAAAACUGUGAAUACUGCAAAAGGAGACUGCGUCGAUGAGGAUGACAACUGCACGCGAUGGGCUGCUGCUGGGGAGUGUGAAAGGAAUCCAGUCUAUAUGGUGGGUUCUCCAGGUGGUCUCGGAUAUUGUAGGAAAAGCUGUAAGGUGUGCUCAUCAUAGGGGAACCAUGUGCAUCUUGCUUUUGUUCUUCAUUGUUGUAUGUAUAUGAUAUUUUUGGGGAGAGGGAGGGAGGGAGAGAGAGAGAGAGAGAGAGGAGGCGUCCUUGAAGUUAUGCAGGUUGGAAUUUUUGUAGUUGCUGAUGUUUUCCCAUGGGAUAGUGUAAGAUUAAUCUUUUUUUUUUUUUUGAGCAAAACCAGAUUAUCCCAUUAAUAUUACCAAAUCCAGCCAACAUUUUGGGACUGGUGCUUAUCAAGGAUUAAUCUAUUAUACA